GGCGCCCUUUCACUUCUCGCCUUCCAUGCUGCUGCUGCAAAGACGAGCGCAGAGAAGAAUGCUAUGGACAUCGAGAGUCUGGCGGGCAUCACCGAAUCUCAUUUGAGAAAAGCAGUGAAUGCUUCGGUGGCUGAAGAGCCAUCUUCCAAGCAGCUGACUUCUGUUGCAGGUGCGCUGACCCAUUUGCUUCACAAUGGCGCUGAGGGAUCCAACAACUCUCAAAUUGUGUCGACCAUUCUGGAAUUGGUCAAUGUGACCAUGCGGAACAAACUCUUCGCUGCUCAUGAGAAGAGCUUGCAAAAACUCACAGAUGCAGAGAUUCAGUUCGAGUUUUGCAUGAACACUUACAAGGCCGCUGACAAAGUGCGAUUCCCCCCGACAUCGUUCUUACAGGCCAAUGAUACAAAUAGCACUCCAUGGUACGAGGAGUACUUUGAGUCCUAUCUCUGGUGCAAGAAUUACGAGGCAAACCUGUCUGCUCAAGUCAAUGAGUGCGACUACUUCUGUCUGCAAGAGACGCAGACGGUUGAUCAAAACUGCGUCGCACUUGAUGAGGAAUGCAACAGGAUAGACUGUGCUCCCGCGGCUCGCGAGGGCUACAGGGCGUUCUUGGAGCGAAUGGUCACCAAUCUCGAAGGCUACUUGGUGAAGAACACCAAUUGGACCUUCAACAACUCGCACAAGUGUACUGACAUCAUGGGUGAGGUUGAGACGUGCUAUAGGAAGUGCGACAACAUCACCACGGUGGUCAAGCUUCAGUCAGAGACUGUCAUAGCCGGCUGCUGCGCACCCCGCGCUACGGCAGAGUCUGGGAAGUGCGAAGAGCUGAAGUCCAGAAGGGAAGCCUGGUUGGAGUAUGACUCCUGUGUCCUGUCUGCAACGUCCGAUGCACCGUGGAUACAGUGGCCUCAUCGGCCUCAUCAAGCUGUG